CUCGACGACAGCCCUACGCCACCAGACCGGAGAAGCAAACAACUCAUCGAUCAGCUGGUGCACUUUCCAUUCCGCGACAUUUGAAACACGCACCAAUCGCCAAACAACGGACUGCGCGACGGAUUGAAGAGCUGGUAUUGAAGCAGUCGAUCACGGCCACAGAUCACUGUACUCAACGAUAGACAUUAUGGCCAACAAGUCCAGCCUGGACGUCUCGACGACGCAGUACUACGAACCAGAUCCUGAAUCUUACGUCGCGUUCCAAAGAGAAAUCUACGCCUCCCUGCGCAAGCCAAAGUACUCGACCAAGCCGCACGAAUGGGAGGCAGCAGCCCGCGAGGCGAUUCCCCUGCCAAACUUCCUCUACGUCUCCGGCGCAGCCAGCAGUGAGAGCACGCACGCAGCCAAUCGCUCAGCAUUCGAGCGCUAUCGACUGCGGCCGAGCAUGCUGGUCCAGGCCACGCGGCGCAACAUGUCGACCGAGCUCUUUGGCAAGACGUACAAGAGCCCCAUCCUGAUUGCGCCGAUCGGCGUGCAGGAGAUUGUGCAUGCAGACGCUGAAGAAGCAACGGCAAGAGCAGCGAGAGCAGCGCAGGUACCCAUGAUUCUUUCGACAGCAGCGACGCGCAGCAUUGAGCAGGUCGCCAAAGCGAACGGGGACGGUGACCGCUGGUACCAGCUGUACUGGCCGAAGCCGCAGGCCGACGAGUUCACUGCCUCGCUUCUCAGUCGCGCCAAGGCCAAUGGCUUCAGUGUGCUGGUUGUCACGCUCGAUACAUUCCAGAUUGGCUGGCGGCCCAACGAUCUCGAUGAGUCGUACCUACCGUUCAUCUGGGGCCAGGGGUGUCAGGUUGGCUUUUCAGACCCAGUGUUCCAGCGGUUGUGGGAGAAGCAGCAGGCUGAAGACACUAGGACUGGCGGGCAGAAGCUGGCUGAGCUGUGGUCGGUUGUCAGACGUCCGGGCAGUGUGUUUGGUGCAGCGAGGGUGCUCAGCCAUCUCAGCAUCAUCCCGAAGGCCUUGUUCUUCACCAGCUUGGUAGCGUCCGGGAACUACAGGGAUUGGAACGACCUGCAGACUCUGCGACGGCUGUGGAGUGGACCAAUUGUGUUGAAGGGUAUUCAGACGGUGGAAGACGCUCAUCGUGCCAUCUCACAUGGCAUGGACGGCAUCAUUGUUUCCAACCAUGGUGGGCGGCAGCUUGAUGGUGCUAUUGCUUCUCUCGACGCACUGGCUGAGAUUGGCGCGGACGAGAAGGUCAAGGACUCUGGGCUGACGGUGCUCUUCGACAGCGGCAUCCGGACAGGCUCAGACGUGCUCAAGGCGGUCGCGCUAGGUGCCAAGGCAGUUUUGGUAGGCAGGCCGUAUGUGUACGGACUGGCUAUGGGAGGUGAGGAGGGAGUGAGACAUGUCUUGAGCUGUCUGCUGGCGGACACCGACUCGAGCCUGGCCAAUCUUGGUCGCAGGAGUCUUGGCGAGGUGACGAGGGACGAUCUCAGGAUGAUACAUGGCGUCGCCAGGCUGUAGACAGACCAUCUCUGGACAUGACAGACCAUCUCUGGACGUGACAGACUAUCUCUGGACGUGACAGACCAUCUCUAGACAUGACAGACCAUCACUUAACAGUGACAGACCAUCGCUUAACAGUGACAGACCAUCGCUUAACAGUGAC